AUGGGUCAUGAAAAGAAGACAGGAAAAGGGCGUCUAGACAAGUACUACAAGCUCGCAAAAGAGCAAGGGUACCGUGCCCGUUCAGCCUUCAAGCUGAUCCAGUUGAACAAGAAAUAUUCCUUCCUAGAGUCAGCAAGAUGUACGAUAGAUCUUUGUGCUGCUCCUGGUGGCUGGCUGCAGGUAGCAAGCAAAUAUAUGCCUGCAAAUAGCAUCAUUGUUGGUGUUGAUUUGGUGCCAAUCAGACCCAUUCCUCGUGUUGUCACCUUUGCAGCAGACAUUACCACACCCCAGUGCCGAACUCUCAUUCGAGGUGAACUCAAAGACUGGAAAGCCGACGUCGUCCUGCACGACGGUGCACCAAACGUUGGAACGGCCUGGAUUCAGGACGCCUACACCCAAUCAGAACUUGUGUUGAUGAGUUUGAAGCUCGCUGUCGAAUUCUUGGCGAAAGGUGGAACCUUUGUGACCAAGGUUUUCCGCAGUGUAGACUACAAUAACCUCAUUUGGGUGUUCAACCAGUUGUUCGGCAAAGUCGAGGCCACAAAGCCCCCUUCGUCAAGAAAUGUUUCCGCUGAAAUCUUCGUCGUUUGCCGUGACUUCCUUGCACCAAAAUUGAUCGACCCCAAGUUCCUUGAUCCCAAGCACGUCUUUAAAGAUCUCUCAACAACUCUUGCUACAGGGGAAAUCACAGCAGGAAAUGCUGAAUCAAAUGUCUUUCACCCCGAGAAAAAGCGGCGUCAUCGUGACGGUUAUGCGGACGGCGAUUAUACCCUUUUCAAAGCCAUUCCUGCUUCCACUUUUAUUAUGGGAUCCGACCCUAUAUCGGUACUUGGCAGCGCCAACAAAAUCACUUUCCUCACGGAUGAAGAGAAAGAGUGGUACAAACUUGACGUCACAACAGGUGAUGUGAAGGCAAAUUGCGACGAUUUGAAGGUGCUGGGUAAGGGUGACUUCAAAACUCUGAUAAAAUGGCGAUUGGCUCUUCGUGAAGAGCUUGGCCUCGAUAACAAGGCCAAAGACACAGAAGACGCAACUGAACAAGUCGAAGUAGUAGAAGUCGUCGAUGAAGAGCAGCAAAUCUCCGAAGAACUCGAAAGACUUAAUGCAGAGGCUGCGGCGCGAGCCAAGCGUGAGCGAAGGCGCGCGAAUGAGAUCAAAACAAAAACAAUCCAGCGCAUGCAGCUGCAGAUGACAGCGCCGCUCGAUAUUGGUCUGGAGCAACAUGAUGCGAUGCUGGGCAUCGGCCAAGAUGAUAUCUUCGAUCUCGAGCACACCGAUGGUCUAUCCCGCAACCGCAAGAAGACUACCCUGGCCAUGGACGACAAUGGUGAUGCGAUUAUGGAUAGCAGCGACGAGGAGAAAGAGGAUGAGGAUGAUACACAAGAUGUAUUCGACUCAGAGGAAGAGCGGGAAAAGAAGGUAGCGGAGCUGGAGGCUGAACUUGACGGGCUUUACGACAUAUACCAAGGCCGACUCCGCGAGCGUGAUACGAAGUACAAAGUGAAAGAGGCGCGGAGAAAGAAUGCAGAACGGGAGGAGUGGAAAGGUAUCAAAGCCAACGGCAGCGACUCUGAAAUAUCAGACGAGGAAGAUGCUGGCGGCUGGGACAAGGUUCAGGCAGCUAAACUCGAUGCCGGAAGCAGCGAAUCCGGAGAUUCUUCAGACGAGGAGGACGAAGACGACGUACCUGAAGUCGCCGGUAGAAUGAAACGUAGUCGGUCGGAUGCUGAUGUCGCUCCGAAGGGAACCAAACGCCAGCGGUUUGCUUCGCAGCCUGGACCUCCUACUGCUAGUGCUACUACCAGUGCUGCUGCACAGUUGUGGUUCUCGCAGGACGUUUUUGCUGGGGUUGAUGGUCUUGACAAACUGAGCGAUUCGGAACAAUCCGAACCCGAAGAAGACGAAGACGAAGACGAAUCUUCCAAGGAUGAUGAGGAACACGUUGCUUCCAGUGACGAGGACGAUGAUAGUGAUGAUUUCGAGGUCGUUCCACAAGAGGAAGACGAAGAUGUGGACCUUUGGGAUGGUGAGGGUGAAGAUGAGGACCUUAAAGUCAAAGCUGGCCUCCAAAAAUACGGUCUGAUGACACCCGAAGCUGUGACACUUGCCCAACAACUCGUCAAUCGCCAGAAAACCAAAACGCAGCUUAUUAACGAAGGCUUCAACCGAUACUCGCUUAAUUCAAAAGAAGAUCUCCCCUCUUGGUUCCUUGAUGAUGAGGCUAAAAAUUACAAGCUAAAUAUUCCGGUGACGAAGGAAGCCAUGGCUGCACUACGAGCCAAGCAGCGCGCACUGGAUGCCAGACCUAUCAAGAAAGUGGCGGAAGCCAAAGCUCGCAAGAAAUUCAAGGCCGCGCAGCGACUUGAAAAGGCCAUGAAGAAGGCUGAGGGUGUCAAUGCUACUGCUGAUAUGUCCGAGAAGGAGAAAGCGCAGCAAAUCGACAAGCUGAUGCGCAAAGGAAUCUCUGCGGCGAAGAAAGCCAAGAAGGAAAUUAAGGUUGUCGUGGCAAAAGGCGCGCAUAAAGGCUUGAAAGGUAGGCCAAAGGGUGUCAAGGGUAGAUACACCAUGGUGGAUUCCCGAAUGAAAAAAGAGGUACGGGCUAAGAAACGCAAGGAAAAGGCUACCCGUAAAAGGUGA